UCAUCUUGAUAUCCAGCAUUCAUGUAUACUUUCCAGGUCGACAGUGGUGGUGUGGCGCACGGAUCGCUGGCACCGCACCUUUGAUGCCGCUUGGAGUGGACAUUGAUCUGCUUCUUUCUCUGCCUUUCGCUUCUUCAGCUUACUCCUCUUCACGCCACGGUGCACUCGCCUUGAGCUGGCUCGUCGACAUCAUGUUGAAUGGUAUUGAGGAUAGUCCGAGCAAGAGCGAGAAUCGAAUCUCCAGGGUGACUGUGGCUGAGAAGUCCAGCCCGGAAGCUAAAGCUUCCGCCGACGUCCCUCCUUCUAAACGCUCACGGCAAGGAUCACCCAGCUCACAUCGCUCACAGAAGCGAGCGAGAACCGUUUGUCCUCAUGCGAGCCCUGCUCAAACGUCGGUACCUCAAUCUAGCAUUAACAAUCACAAGAAAACAUCAGGAAGCCCAUGCCGAGAACCGCAAAGACCUUCUGGUUCUCGAAAGUCUCAAGAUGCAGCUAACGUUCAAGACUCUUCAAUGGGCACGGAAGAGCCCAAAGCGAUUCCCUGCGAUCAAGCAGACAAACAAGUACCUCAAGUAUCUCAACAAAUCUCGAACAAGAACCCGAUCCAGACUUCCAAGCCCAGUCCUCCUACUCCCCCGACUACUCCGACAAAGGAAAUCCAGAAGUGUCCAGAUGAGCGACCGCAUCUCAUGAGUAGCGGCUCAAGCAAGGGCUCGAAGAUCUCAACGCGUGGCUGUGACACCGAGGACACCUUACGACAGGCACGCACAGACAACACAGCGACUAAUUUGCGAGGAGAUAAAAACGGUCACAGCGGCUCAAGCACUGGCAGCGUUGACAAAAUGGGGAGUCAGAGCCGUGUGGGGAUCUCGGACCACGCUCACAAGGAAGCCUCGAGCUCAAGAUGUUCAGAUCGAGCCAACAAGACCGUUGCCAGCACCGGGGAAAGAGCCAGGAGUGACAUUGGCACUGGUAGUGGCAGAAGUGGUGAAGCGAGGUCGAGACCUUUCGCUAUACGCCAGGCUGAAGCCGGCUCAGGAGAUGGAAGCGGAGGUGAUGACAGCCGGGGAGGCGGUAGUGGGGAAAGCAGUCGCAGAAGAGCCAAUGACGGUAGUGGCGAUACAAGCAAUCUCAGGACCAUCUCUGAUGAUCCCUCAUGGUCAUCAUCUGAGCCAGUCACCCCACUCGAGCAAAGGGAAGGUCUGGGGAUUCGAUUCUGUGAGGUUCUAGGCACAGUCUACUAAAGGCUUUGCAAGAGCUCACGCAAUCUACAGCUUUUAUCUCACGGUACGGUCUCACUCGAGCCCAACACUAUGGUCAGGCCAAUUAUCAGCGACUGGUCCUCCUCGUCAUGCUACAGUGUCAAAGGGCCAGUGAAAGACAGAUUGAAUGUUUUUUCUCCGACGGUCUGAACGGUUACUUUACAGUCCCUUGGAAGGCGCUCCGGGACCGCCAUGAUGCCGCUGCAAAGAGUAUGAGUGUGCGAAAGAGGGACUGGGUGAGGGUCAAGGGUAUUUAUCCUGAAAAAUUCGGACGCUACCCAAAGCUGUCGACGAAUGCUAUAUCACUCA